GUUAACCACCAAUUGCGUAUAACCUCUAGAGAGAGAAACAAGAGAGAGAUUAGAGAGAGAUUAAAACCUAUUUCUCCUCUCUCUCUCUCUCUCUCUCUCUUUCUCUCUCUCUCUAAACAUAGCGUGUAUUAUGGGACAUGGAUGUCCCCGAGAGACCCCAUCUCCUCCUCACUAAGAAGCCUCCGCCAUGGCCCAUCCUCCUCUUCCUCUUCCUCACCCUCUUCCUCCUCUUCCUCCACCCCUCCUCGACCCCGAAUCCGAACCCGAACCCGAACCCGAACCUGAAUUUGAAUCCGAAUCCGAAUUCGAUCACCUGCGCGGGCUUCUACCGGCCCCGCGGCCCGCCGAGGAAGGCGGUGGGGUCGAUCGUCGACUUCGGCGGGGUCGGCGACGGCGCCACGUCGCAGCUCAACGUGCCUCGGGGGGCGUGGUUGACCGGCAGCUUCAACCUCACCAGCAAUUUCACGCUGUUUCUAGAAAAGGGUGCAGUAAUUUUCGGCUCACAGGAUCCUGAAGAGUGGCCUCUGAUUGAGCCAUUGCCAUCCUACGGCCGAGGGAGGGAGAGAUUGGGGGCUCGCCACGUCAGCCUCAUCCAUGGAAAUGGCCUCACUGAUGUUGUAAUUACUGGAAAUAAUGGAAGCAUAGAUGGGCAAGGGAGGAUGUGGUGGGAGCUUUGGUGGAACAAAACCCUAAACAACACAAGGGGUCACCUUGUUGAGCUAGUGAACUCUACAAACAUCCUCAUCUCCAACAUAACACUACUUAAUUCCCCAUUUUGGACCAUCCAUCCUGUUUAUUGCAGCAAUGUGGUGAUAAGGAAUCUAACUAUUUUGGCACCUCUUAACUCCCCAAACACUGAUGGUAUUGAUCCAGAUUCAAGCUCACAAGUGUGCAUUGAGGAUUGCUACAUUGAGAGUGGAGAUGACUUGGUUGCAGUAAAGAGUGGCUGGGACCAAUACGGCAUGGCGGUCGCCCGUCCGAGCACCGACAUCAUCAUCCAGAGAAUCUCCGGCACGACUCCGACGUGCUCGGGGGUCGGCUUCGGAAGCGAGAUGUCCGGCGGGAUCUCGAACAUCCUAGUGAAUGAUCUCCGCGUCUGGAACUCGGCGUCUGCGGUCCGGUUCAAAACCGACAAAGGGCGGGGCGGAUACGUAACAAAUGUGACCAUCACAAAUGUGGCCAUGGAAAAUGUUAAGAUCCCUGUGAGGUUUAGUAGGGGCUCAAAUGAUCACCCAGAUGAGAAUUAUGAUCCAAAUGCUCUCCCCAGGAUCAGUAAUCUUUAUGUCGGUAACGUGGUCGGAUCGAAUAUCGCGCGGUCGCCGGUUUUGGAAGGGAUUAAGGGAACAAUUUAUGAAGGGCUUUGUUUCCGAAAUGUUAGUUUUGAAGGGGUUAAUAUGAAAAAGAAGUGGCAGUGUGAGUUUGUUAGGGGAGAGGCAUAUGAUGUUUCUCCAAUGCCUUGUGAACAGCUCUUGAGCAAUGGGUCUUCUUCAUCUUCGUGCAGGAACAAAUAGGAUGCAAAUUUUAAAAUUUUUUUACUUGCUUUUCAUUUUUUUGGAUAUAGAGAAGUUGUGGAUUAUUAUAUUUGUGAGUAAAUGAGUUAGGAGGGGAAAAGAUAUUGGUUUUAAGUAAGAUUUUUUUUGUUUUUUAUCCUUGAUUUUUAUACGAGGACUAGAGAAUCAGAGGCAUGUAAAGAGAAUUUUUCAAUGAAUAAGAAGAUCAGAUCGAUCUUUUAGAUAACACCA